AUGCUUCCGAUGACACAAUCCGUGAGGGGCGCAUUGUUCAGGAGUGGCAGAAAUGCAUUCAGAGCACCACGACGUGAGUCGCUUCUCAGACGAUUCGAAGAUGACGAAGUGGAGAAUCAAAUGCAGGUUUGUUCGAACACUCGCAACAUUAAAAUAUUUUUAUUGAAUGCACUUAUUCUCGAGCGUAAAAAUGUCAUUGAGUUCUUUGAAAGCUUGCAAAGUGAUUUCCAAGAAUUAAGCCGUUCAAAUAACUAUCUUCGAUGUUCAGCGCCUUGUUCAACACUCACUGAUUCAUGA